CAUCUCGUCGCCGAUCCGACUCGCCUCCCCAUCAAUACAGCGAGCGCCGUGUCCCCGAUCCAGCCACACCACGAGUCGGCACAGCCCCGCGAUCCCCUCCCCCUCUUCCUACCUCAGAUUCGCGGCGAUCUAGCCGGCGGGCGCGAUGGCGGGGCAGAACCAGCGGCUCAACGUCGUGCCAACGGUGACGAUGCUCGGCGUCAUGAAGGCCCGGCUCGUCGGCGCCACCCGCGGCCACGCGCUGCUCAAGAAGAAGUCCGACGCGCUCACGGUCCAGUUCCGCGCCAUCCUCAAGAAGAUCGUCGCCGCCAAGGAGUCCAUGGGCGAGACGAUGCGCGCAUCCUCCUUCUCCCUCGCCGAGGCCAAGUACGUCGCCGGCGACGGCGUCCGCCACGUCGUCCUCCAGUCCGUCCGCGCCGCCUCCGUCCGCGUCAAAUCCCACCAGGAGAACGUCGCCGGGGUCAAGCUCCCCAAGUUCACCCACUUCGUCGACCCCGCCGCGGCCUCCGGGGGCCCCUCCAACGCGUCCCCGAGCCUCACGGGCCUCGCCCGCGGCGGGCAGCAGGUCGCCGCCUGCCGCGCCGCGCACGUCAAGGCCAUCGAGGUGCUCGUCGAGCUCGCAUCGCUCCAGACCUCCUUCCUCACGCUCGACGAGGCCAUCAAGACCACCAACCGCCGUGUCAACGCGCUCGAGAACGUCGUCAAGCCCAGGAUCGAGAACACCAUCAGCUACAUCAAGGGGGAGCUCGACGAGCUCGAGCGAGAGGACUUCUUCAGGCUCAAGAAGAUCCAGGGAUAUAAGAAGAGGGAGAUCGAGCGCCAGAGGGCCAACGCCAGGCUGUUCGCGGAGGAGCAGCUCGCCGAGGAUCUCGCGCUCAAGAGGGGCAUCUCCGUGGGGGCUGCAGCAAAUCUGCUCGUUGCUGGAGGGGAGAAGGACGACGACAUCAUCUUUUGAUCGCCUCUUCCAUGGUCAUCCAAUUAUUCAAUCGUGGUGGAAACAAUAAGUUGAUGCUGGAGCUCCAGAAUUGUAUCUGUUUAUAGAGUGAUGGCGGUUUUGUUUCAGUGAGUAGUCUGGAGCCUGGUCAUCCAAGACCCUGAAUAAUCUGUACUUUGAAACCAAAUAUUGCCAAUGAACUUUAAAGCACGGAGUGGUUAUGUGCAGCUGGUGUAGUAAAUUCAAUUGUACUGUUUUUUCCCUGCAUGUUCAUUAUAGUUGUAUUAUAUUUAUUGAGAGGUGUGUGCCGAUUGCUGCAAGCCUGUACAGCACCUACUCUGAAGUUGGGGACAA